GCGCCACCGGCAGUUGGGGCCUCUCGGGUCGGCGAGCGGCCGAGAGACGCUGGGGGGCUCUCGUCCCCCGCCGUCCGUCCCGGUUCCGGCUGCGGCCGCUCCUCCCUCACCGGCGGGCGCGUCGGGCACGGUCGCCGUGGUUUCCGGGUCGCACAUGAAGGCGGAAGCCGCUGCCGGAGGCCGCCGCCACCGCCGCUCUCGCUGGUGCUCCUGCUGGGUUUGCUGACCUUGGCUGCCUUUCUUUGUUGUGGUGGGGGGCAGCGGAGCGUUGGUAAAGCCAAGGACACAGAGCUCUGCCAGUUCCUGCUGGCCCAGAAGGUUUUGCUGCGCUCCGGCCGGUGCCUGAGCACUUCUGCCUGGGAUGGCGGAGGACCAGGAGCUGCCUCAGCCACCCAAGGCUCAGCUGGAGGCCUCCCUGCCGCCGCGCACCAGCAACACCUACCGCAGCGCGGAGCACUCGCAGGCCUUGCUCAGCGGCCUGGUGUCGCUGCGGGACAGCAGCAUCCUCUUCGACGUGGUGCUGGUGGUGGAGGAGAAGCCCAUCGAGGCCCAUCGCAUCCUGCUGGCUGCAUCCUGUGACUACUUCAGAGGAAUGUUUGCAGGGGGACUGAGAGAAAAGGAGCAAGAAGAAGUUCAUAUCCAUGGCAUCUCCUACAAUGCAAUGUGUAAAAUCUUGAACUUCAUUUACACUUCUGAGCUGGAACUCAGUGUCAACAGUGUACAGGAAACCUUAGCUGCAGCCUGUCAGCUUCAGAUUCCAGAAGUCAUUAAGUUCUGCUGUGAUUUUCUCAUGGCCUGGGUAGAUGAAGAGAACAUCCUUGAUGUGUACAGGCUAGCUGACCAUUAUGACCUGAGGCACCUGAGUGACCAGCUGGACUCCUACAUCUUGAAGAACUUUGCAGCUUUCUCCAGGACAGAGGUGUACCGCCAGCUACCCCUGCAGAAGGUCUACUCCCUUCUCAGCAGCAACCGCCUGGAGGUGGACUACGAGCUUGAGGUUUACAAUGGGGCACUCUUCUAUCACUAUGCUACAGACCUGCUGGAGGCAGAUCAGGUUUCCCUGAUGAAGCCUCUUAAGCUGCUCGAGACAGUUCGUUUUCCUCUGAUGGACCCCCAGAUCCUGCAGAGGCUCCAUGACAAACUGAGCCCAUGUCCUUUGAAGGACAAAGUGGCAGAUGCCCUCAUGUACCACAAGAACGAAUGCCUUCAGCCAAUGCUUCAGAGCUCCCAGACGCAGCUGAGGUCGGAGUUCCGGUGCGUGGUGGGAUUCGGAGGGAUGCAUUCCACCCCCUCUGUUGUCCUCAGCGAUCAAGCCAAGUAUCUGAACCCUCUGUUGGGAGAGUGGAGGCACUUAACAGCUGCUCUUGCCCCCAGAAUGUCCAACCAAGGAAUUGCUGUUCUCAAUAACUUUGUAUAUUUAAUUGGUGGAGACAACAAUGUAAAUGGCUUUCGAGCAGAGUCAAGGUGUUGGAGGUAUGACCCACGGCACAACAAGUGGUUCCAGAUCCAGCCCCUGCAGCAGGAGCAUGCUGACCUCAGUGUUUGUGUUGUGGACAACUAUAUCUACGCUGUGGCAGGGCGGAAUUACCGCGAGGACCUGAGGGAAGUGGAGAGAUAUGACCCCAGAAUCAACACGUGGGAAUCUGUGGCACCUCUGAAGAAGGAGGUCUAUGCACAUGCUGGAGCAGCGCUGGAUGGCAAGAUGUACAUUACUUGUGGGAGGAGAGGAGAAGACUAUUUGAAGGAGCUCCAAUGUUAUGACCCAAAGACUGACCACUGGGAGGUGCUAGCAGAUGGUCCAGUGAGACGUGCUUGGCAUGGGAUGGCUGCACUGCUGGGCAAGCUCUACGUCAUUGGGGGAAGCAACAAUGACUCUGGCUACAGAAGGGAUGUUCACCAGGUUGCCUGCUAUACCCCGAGCACCGAUCAGUGGACAAAUGUAUGUCCCCUUCCUGCAGGGCACGGGGAGCCGGGCAUUGCCGUCUUAGACAACAGGAUCUAUGUCCUGGGAGGCAGGUCCCACAACAGAGGGAUCCGCAUGGACUACGUCCACAUUUAUGAUGCAGAGAGAGACUGUUGGGAGGAAGGGCCCCAGCUGGAGGAUGACAUUUCUGGGAUGGCUGCCUGCGUCCUCACUUUGCCCAGGUCUGUUUUAACGGAGACAGAGAACUGGUGCUCAGAAUGGCAGGCGGACCGCAUGAAAUACCACCCUGACUUCCCCUCGGAGUUCAUCUACGUCUCAGACUGGGAGGAAUUUGACAAUUCAAGUGAUGAUUAGGAGACUUUUACUAUUUUAUUUUAUUUUAUUGCCAGUGGAUGAGGAAAUUAAGGCUCAGAGAAAAAUACUGAAGAGGUUUUAUAUGUCUUUCUUAUCUACAUAAAUCUGUAUUUAAAGGUUUGAAGAGUAAAGCGUUCUGCACCAAAUGCCAUUCCCAGCCAGCAUCUGCCCCCCCUGCAAGUGUGCUGCACAAAAUGCCCCUGACAGGUAGUGUUGACCCACCUGCCAGAAAGCCACAUUUGGAGAGUAACCACAAAAGUACCAUUUUCCCCUGGUUAUAAAGUAUAGAGGUUCUUCUGCUUUGAAAGGAGACUGUUCUUAACCUUCAGCAUGGACAGAAAAAAAGACCCAGAAGACACAGCUUGACUUGCUCCUUUCCUUCCAGCUUUUAGCUUGAAACAGGUUUUUU